GGGCGGUGCAGAGGCUGGGACAGCGAGGGCAGCGGCGGGGCCUCCCCGCGCACUUGGCCCGUCCCAGCCUCGGCGCCGGAGUCCCCCUGGGCCUCUCCGCCCUCCGCUCGAGGCUACUCCGCGGGGCCCUCCCCUGAUCCUCCCCCCAGCUGCGUUGGAAUGCUUACUCAUCAUUAUGAAGCAGAACUUGAAUGAAAGACACAUUCAGGCUCUUUAGUGAGGAAGGAGAAGCAACAGGCAUGAAGGGACGGAUCACCAGAAGUCCACAGAGACAGAUGCAGCCAAAGAUGAAUUUGGGGGAAGUGACUUCUUGUUCCAUCAGCCAUGGAAAGCCGAGCCCUCCCUGAGGCGAAGGCAGCACCGAAGGGCACCUGCUCUUGCAUUAGGCUGCUAAAGGUAGACCGAGAACAGUUGGUCACCCGCAUCUGCAAUGUCCAGUGUCUAGUUGACAACCUGCUCAUGAACGAGUACUUCUCUAGGGAAGAUGCUGAAAUCGUGGGCGCCUGCCCCACUCUGCCCGACAAGGUCCGUAAGAUGCUGGACCUGGUUCAGAGCAAAGGGGAGGAAGUGUGUGAGUAUCUCAUCUAUGUGCUGCAGCAGAUCCCGGACGCAUUCAUUGAUCUGCAGCCGUGGCUGGCGGAGAACGGCUUCUCACCAUCAGAACUCGUGAGGGGCAGAAAAGUUGUGAACACUGACCCUGUGAGCAGAUACACCCAGAAGCUGCGCUCUGAGUGGGGCCGGGAUUCCAAGUUCAUCACCUCCUACAGUCAGAAGGAGGAGAUGCUGCUGGCAGACACGUACACGGAGAACCUCAUGGAGCUGCUGAACUUCCGCAAUGAGAGCCUGGGCAGCGUGAGCAGCCUGGGCUCCCUGCUGGACGACUCCACGGGGGUCAUCAACCAGGAAGGAGAGACGGUUUUCAUCUUCGGCGAUGCGGGCGUGGGCAAGUCGGUGCUGCUGCUGAAGAUGCAGAGCCUGUGGGCGCGCGAGGAGCUGGGCACGGGCGCCAAGUUCUUCUUCCCGUUCCGCUGCCGCACGUUCAGCUGCUUUCCCGCUAGCGCUGUGCUCAGCCUCCGGGACCUCCUCUUCACGCACAGCUGCUGCCCGGAGCUGGAGCCCGACGCCGUGUUCGCCUUCCUCCUGCGCUUUCCUCAGUCGGUCCUCUUUACCUUCGACGGCUUCGACGAGCUGCACUCCGACUUUGACCUGAGCCGGGUGCCGGACACGGCCUCCCCGCUGCAGCCCGCCCACCCCCUGGCCCUGCUGGCCAGCCUGCUCCGAGGCAAGCUGCUCCAGGGCUCGGGCAAGGUGCUGACCGCCCGCACCGGCGUCGAGGUCCCCAGCGCCCUCAUCCGGAAGAAGGUGCAGCUGCGGGGCUUCUCUCCCAGUCACCUGAGGGCCUACACCUGCAAGUUCUUCCCGGACCGGGCCCUGCAGGUGCGAGUCCUGAACCAGCUGGACGCCAGCCCCCACCUGUGCACCCUGUGCUCCGUGCCCCUAUUCUGCUGGAUCAUCUUUAGGUGCUUCCAGCACUUCCACGGCACCCACGAGGGCGCCCACCAUCUGCCCGACAGCACUCUGACGCUCACGGACAUCUUCCUGCUAAUGGCCGAGGCUCACCUAAACCGGGCCCUGCCCACCAGCCUCCUGCAGCGCAACACGCGCAGCCAGGUGGAGACCUUGCUCUCGGGCCGGGAGACGCUGUGUGGGCUGGGCCGGCUUGCCUACUGGGGCAUGUCGAAGAAUCUCUUUGUCUUCAGCCAGGAGGAGGUGGAGGCCUCCGACGUGAAGGAGGGGGACCUCCAGUUGGGCUUCGUCCGGGCGGUGCCCCAGCCGGGGCCCAUUGGAGAGCAGCCCGCCUAUGAGUUCUUCCACAUCACUCUCCAGUCCUUCUUCACCGCCCUCUUCCUCAUCGCGGACGACAAGGUGAGCACCGGGGAGCUCCUGAAGUUCUUCGGUGAGUGGAGGCCCAGGGGGCGAGGGGCAGCCUCCACUACCCUCCCCUUGCUCAGGCUGAGCUGUCUUGGCGGGAGAAACCUGGACAAGGAGGACCCCUUCCGAAACAACGACCACUUCCAGUUCACCAACCUCUUCUUGUGCGGGCUGCUGUCCAAGGACAAGCAGAGGCUCCUCCGGCACCUGGUGCCCGUAGUUGCCCUUCGCAAGAAGCGCCGCGCCCUCUGGAGGCACCUCUUUGCCAGCCUCCGUUCGUACCUGAAGAGCCUGCCCCGUACCCACACAGGGGAAUUCAACCAAGUGCAGGCCAUGCCCACCUUCAUCUGGAUGCUGCGCUGCAUUUACGAGACGCAGAGCCAGAAGGUGGGCCAGCUGGCCGCCAGGGGCAUCUGCGCCAACUACAUCAAGCUGACCUACUGCAACGCCUGCUCUGCCGACUGCAGCGCGCUCUCCUUCGUCCUGCACCACGUCCCCAAGCAGCUGGCCCUGGACCUGGACAACAACAACCUUAAUGACUACGGGGUGAAGGAGCUACGCCCGUGCUUCAGCCGCCUCACGGUCCUCAGACUCAGUGUGAAUCAGAUCACCGACUCUGGCGUCAAGGUGUUGUAUGAGGAGCUAACGAAAUACAAAAUUCUGACGUACUUGGGUUCUCUGGAAGAGGAUGAGGAGAGGGAUUUUGAGUUAUACAAUAACCAAAUUACCAACACUGGAGCCAAAUAUGUGGCUAAGAUCAUCGAGGAAUGCACAAAUCUUACACACCUGAAAGUGGGAGCCAACUACAUAACAAGCGAAGGAGGAAAGUGUCUGGCCUCGGCUGUGAAGACAAGCAAAUCGAUUCUGGACAUUGGGAUGUGGGGCAAUAAGAUAGGGGACGAAGGGGCCAAGGCUUUUGCAGAUGCACUGAGGAAUCACCCCAGCCUGUGCAACUUGAGUCUUGCCUUCAAUGGCAUCUCCACAGAAGGAGGCAAAAGCCUUGCUCAAGCACUCCAGCAGAACAGCUCGGUGAAGAUAUUUUGGUUGACCAAAAAUGACCUGGAUGACGAAGUAGCGGAGAGCUUGGCAGAGAUGCUGGAAGUCAAUCAGACGCUGAGAGAUUUAUGGCUCAUCCAGAACCAGAUCACAGCCAAGGGGGUCUCCCGCCUGGCGGACGCUCUCCAGAAGAACUCGACCAUCGUGGAUAUUUGCUUAAAUGGGAACCCAAUCAAGCCUGAAGAGGCCAAAGUUUUCCAAGGUGAGAAGCGGUUCCAUUUUUGAGGACAUGUGCCCCACUGCAGUCAGUGUCACCAGGACCCAGAAAAAACUGUGCCCCAGGACCCAGUGAUGCAGCAUCACCUGCUUGGGACAAAAGCUCUGGGCCAGCCAUCAGGGUGUAGCCUGCAACCAAGGACUUCAGGAAGAGGGCGGCCUCCCCUGUCAGAGCCCUUGGGCUCCACGCAGACGGUGCUACUGAAAGAACACAGCCUUCUCCGGACAUCUUUGAGUUGUGUAUAUGCCACGAGCAGCUCUUGUAUAUAGUCACAGGUUUCUGUACAUAUCUAUUAACAGCACUUUGAUGAUAACUGAAUGAAAGAAUUUAUUUUUCUAUGUAAUGGAAGGAAGAAAAGUUUCGGAGAAAAUGCAGAGCUGGCCAAGCUGGAGUCACACCAUUGCCUGAGCUUUCCGUGAACCCUGGGGGCUGCCAGGUGGUGCAGUGACUUGGAGAGCACUGUGCUUGAAGAAAGAAAGACCUGAAUUCAAAUCCUGCCUCAGAUACUUAUUAACUGCAGGAAACUCAGCAAGUGUCUUAACCUCUCUGGGCCUCAGU